AGUAGGAUCUACACUGCAUUGUACCUGCAACUGCAAUAUCCACUGUCCACAUGCACCCUUCACUUCACCUAAUACAAUAAAAUAUAAACACUGAAUCUCUGACCUGAGAUGCUUCUCUUUUCUAUUUCCCCAUUUCGUGGAUCCCAUCUGUGCCUUGCCUUUCUGUGGAAUCAAAAUACUGUCUUUUUAUUUUUCUCCCUUUUCCAUGAAAGGUUUCAACUUUUUGAAUCAAAAGUAAAGGGUCCUGUUUGAUGUGAGGAAUUAAUGGAGGAGGAGGUGCUGCAGCCAGGUCGCUCUCUGGCUGAGACGCCAACAUAUUCUGUUGCCUCGGUUAUUACUGUCAUGGUCUUCGUCUGCUUCUUGGUUGAGCGUUCAAUCUACCGGUUUAGCAAGUGGUUGAAGAAGACCAAAAGGAAGGCACUAUUUGCCUCACUGGAGAAAAUUAAGGAAGAGCUGAUGCUGCUUGGGCUUAUCUCUUUGUUGUUGGCACAAAGCGCGAGGUGGAUCUCUGAAAUUUGUGUAAAUUCAUCACUUUUCAGCAGCAAAUUUUAUAUUUGUUCUGAACAAGACCUUGGCACGAAUGAGAAUUUCAUGUUUGAAAAUUCUUCCUCGUUGCCUGAUGAAACUAUUCCCAAGGGACUAACUACUGGUGCAUUGCAUCAAUGUAGAGAGGGCCAUGAACCCUUUGUUUCAUAUGAGGGUCUUGAGCAGCUGCACCGGUUCUUGUUUGUUCUUGGGAUCACUCAUGUUCUGUAUAGUUGUCUGGCUGUUGGUUUAGCCAUGAGCAAGAUCUAUAGUUGGUGCAGAUGGGAAAAUCAGGCUCAGAUGGCAACUGAUGGAAAUCUACAAGGAAUGAGAAACAAGGUGAUGAGGCGGCAGACAACCUUUGUCUUCCAUCACACUUCUCAUCCAUGGAGCAGGAAUCCAAUACUAAUCUGGAUGCUCUGUUUCCUACGUCAGUUUAGGAGUUCUAUACAAAAAUCAGAUUACCUUGCACUCCGUCUGGGUUUCAUCACUGAACACAAAUUGCCAUUGUCAUAUGAUUUUCAUAAAUACAUGGUUCGAAGCAUGGAAGAUGAAUUUCAUGGCAUUCUAGGAAUAAGCUGGCCGCUAUGGAUUUAUGCCAUAGUUUGCAUCUUUGUGAACAUUCAUGGACUGAACAUAUACUUCUGGCUCUCUUUUAUCCCCGCCAUUCUUGUAAUGUUGAUAGGGACAAAACUUCAACAUGUUGUUUCCACUUUAGCACUUGAGAUAAUGGAGCAGCAAGGUCCAUUUGCUAGGACACAACAAGUAAAGCCGCGCGACGGUCUUUUUUGGUUCAAAAAACCAGAUAUUCUGUUAUGGCUGAUACAAUUUGUAAUAUUUCAGAAUUCCUUUGAAAUGGCAUCUUUUAUUUGGACAUUGUGGGGACUCAAAGAACGAUCAUGCUUCAUGAGAAACCAUUACAUGAUCAUCACUCGUUUGACAUCUGGGGUUCUUGUUCAGUUCUGGUGUAGCUAUAUGACAGUUCCGCUCAAUGUAAUAGUUUCGCAGAUGGGAUCUCGAUGUAAGAAAGCCUUAGUGACAGAGAGUGUUAGAGAUUCCCUGCAUAGUUGGUGUAAAAGAGUUAAGCAGAAGUCUAAGCAUGAGUCUUUGCACUCUCACACAGCUAGAUCAGUGUGUUCUCUUGAAUCAACAAUUGAUGAGAGGGACGAGAUAACAGUGGUCUCAGGCACUUUAACUCGAAGCUCUUCCUUACAGUCUUUGAAUCAGAUAACAGUUACUUCAGUAGACCAGCUGAAUAUGAUGAUGACUCCUAACAACCCCCAAGAUUCAACCAAGGGGGCUGAUUACUUCUCUGAGUCUGUACAUAAUAAUGAUGAAGACCCUGAGAUAGCUAAAGUUGAGACUCUUCUUGAUUUGUUUCAGAAGACAUGAUCAAUCUCUGUUACAUAUUUUAAGUUUUACUGCAUAACUAGUUCGAAUUUCAGAGAGUUUAGAUGUGUAAAUCAUUCUUAGACACUCCGAAGCAUAGAUGUAUAAAUAGUUGAGAAAGAAGAAGCUUGCACGGCAAGGGACUAUUAUAAAUGAUCUCAUUCUUUUAAAUGAUAUAAGUUGUAAGGUAAAAAUAUUUGGACA